CUUUUCUACAGGAAGUGACGUACACCGUUGUAUCGGGUCUUCAUUUUUGUCGUGUGGUAGCAGCUUCGAGAACCAUUCAAGAUGACUACAGCUGCAAGACCAACAUUUGAGCCGGCGAGAGGAGGGAGAGGUAAAGGAGAAGGUGAUCUGAGUGCUCUCUCCAAGCAGUAUUCCAGCCGAGAUCUUCCGGGUCACACUAAGAUCAAGUACAGGCAACCUACCCAGGAUGCCCCUGAGGAGGUGCGUGCCCGUGACUUCCGCAGGGAGCUGGAAGAGAGGGAGCGUGUAGCUGCACGUGAUAAGACCAGAGAGAGGGGACCAAGAGAGCACACCACAUCAUCAUCAUCUUCGUCAUCAUCUUCAAAGAGGCCCAGACUGGAUCAGAUCCCAGCAGCCAACCUUGAUGCAGAUGACCCUCUCACUGAUGAUGAUGAGGACGAGGACUCUGAGGAGGACAGUGAUGACGAUGACACUGCAGCUCUUCUGGCAGAACUGGAGAAGAUCAAGAAGGAGCGGGCUGAAGAGCAAGAGCGCAAAGAGCGGGAGCAAAAGGCAGAGGAGGAGAGGAUUCGCAUGGAGAAUAUCUUGAGUGGCAAUCCAUUGAUUAAUUUGGCAGGGCAACAGCAACAACAACAACAACAGCAACAACAACAACAACAGAUGAACCAGAGUCAGAAUACAUUCAGGGUCAAGAGAAGGUGGGAUGAUGAUGUUGUGUUCAAAAACUGUGCUAAAGGAGUGGACGAGGCACGGAAAGAGAAACGCUUCGUCAAUGAUACACUGCGCUCGGAGUUCCACAAGAAAUUUAUGGAGAAAUAUGUAAAGUAAAGUACUUGAUGUGUGUUAAUUUUACUGUUUCUUUUUUUUUAUCUCAUUUCUUUGAUCUCCUACUUCCAUUUGUUUUUUAGCAUUCAAAAUUAAAUGCAUCAGUCUCUGUACAGUCAACAGGUAAAAUGUAUAUAAAUGAGUUGAUGAGUUACAUCCUUUGAACAAAGCUCAAAACAAGGUGGAUUUCUUUUCUUUUUCUUUUUCUUUUUUUUUUACUAAUUUGAAUAAACAAUGGCUUGGGUUUGAAAUUUA